UUACCGUAGAAUUUUCAGAGUAAAAAAAUGUGCAAUAUAUUAAUUAGCGCCGCGUACCUGUCCCCUCUGCCAUCCUAAUUUUUUGCAGUUACAAUUUAUUAUUAGUUUAUUACUCCCACAUCCUCUUCCUCUCUCUCUACUCUUUUCCUCUUUAACGGAUUUCUUGUCUGCCCAUUGUUCACAUUUUCGUAUUUUUUUGAACAACAGAGCUCAACAGUCGCAGCAGAAAGUUUUUUUUAUUCAAAAUAUGGCCGUUGCCGGUUUGCACAACGUGCCAUCGGCUUUUGGCCCUUCACUCUUCAGCAACUCACGGCCUGCCACCCGUGCAUCUUCCCUCCUACAAAUGUGGCGUGAGCUCGAAAACGAGCAUAUAGUCGCCCGUUCAUGUGGGCCCAGGCAAAGGCCUAGAAAUGGCUCGGAUAUCGAAUUAUCCUCGAGUAACGAGAAUAGUUCUGAAGACAGUAGCAGUGUCUUGUCAGACGAUUUGGGUGAAAACGAGCGAGAAAGGGUUAGACAGAUUUUUCGGGAAUGGAUGAGUAGUGGUUCAAAUGGCCCGUUUCAAAAUAUUGAGGAUGUUCGUGAUGAAGUGGGCCCAAGGCCCAUUCGAAGAUUGUGUGGCAGGCAAACCCUUCUCGAUCUUGUCCUGAGGGCGAAGGGCGAAAGGGAAAGGGAAAUCUCGGGAUUGAAUGAGCGAAGGCCGGUGUCUGAGUUUGCUCAUCGUAAUCGUAUUCAGGCGCUUCUUAGAGGUAGAUUUUUACGAAAUGAAAGAGUUUUGGGGGAUGAGAGGCCGUCCUCGAGGGGUGCAGCUGAACUGGGUUUGCUGAGGCAACGGCAUACAGUUUCUAACCUCAGGGAAGGAUUUCUCUCCAAAUUGGACAACUCGACUUCGACUUCAAGUAACACUGUCGACUCAAAUAACUGUGCACCAGAGUCUACUUGCCCAGAAAAGGAAGUUAUUGAGGUACAAACAAUACCGGAUUUAGAAACUACCGAAGUACAAGCCACAGAAGCAGACAGGAACACAUAUGAACACCAAGUACAAGCUACCGAAGCAGAAAUCCGUGUUUCUCACAUUGAGACAAGUGAUCAAGACUUCGUACAAAGUUCUCAACUCGCAAGCAGACAAGAAGAUCCAACUCCCAAUACUCAAGUACAAAUUCAUUUCGAUAUACCCAAUAAUAAUGACCCGCCUUUAGAACUCGAGGACUUUAACAUCAGCACACCCUCAUUAGAGAACAUGGAUGAGGAAUUAGAUUCACGACAAGGUUCGGGUCAAAUGGAACAAGAGUACAGAGUGUCUGCUGCUGCUUAUCAGUCGAAUCCAAUCCAAUUUGUUUACGAUGUUGAAGAGCAACAAGAUACAGUUCACGAACUGCAGAGCAAUUAUCUGCAGGAGGCUAUUGACAGCUGGCUCGAUAUUCCUUCUCGGCGUAUUGACACUUCUACCCUUCCUGAUGAUGACCGUGCACACAGUGUCGAACUUAGAGAGCUUUUCAGCAGGAGACGUGUGUCGAGUCUUCUUGGGAGCAGUUUUCGGGAGAGGCUAAACGAGGUACUGCAAUCCCAUGUAGAAAAGCUUCAUCGUGCUUCGGGUGAUUGGGUCGACCAAGAACAAUUUGAUGCUGAUGAACAUAAUCAAUUUGACCAGUCUUCGGACCUUUUUGGUGGGUCCCACCCACUUUGGGGUGAUGAGGAGUUUCAGGGCAUGAAUGUGCACUUGGAGACGGAAUGGGAGGUUAUAAAUGAGUUGAGGAUUGACAUGGCCAGGCUUCAACAAAGGAUGAACCACAUGCAAAGCAUGCUCGAAACUUGCAUGGAGAUGCAAAUCGAGUUGCAACGUUCUGUGCAUCAGGAGCUUUCUGCCACUCUAAAUCGGCCGAUUUUUCCAACUGAUGAAGAUGCAUCUAUGGAGUCCAAGUGGGAUCAUGUGAGGAAAGGAAUUUGCUGCAUGUGUAGGGACAGUAAAAUUGAUGUCCUGCUCUACAGGUGUGGGCACAUGUGCCUGUGUUCAAAAUGUGCUGAAAAUUUGGUCAGGUGUAAGGGAAAAUGCCCGAUGUGUGAGGCCCCAGUGGUCGAGGCUGUCGAAGCUUAUUUCACCUCGGCAACUCAUAAUUAAAAUAAAUAAAUAAAUAAA